CUCAGGUGUGUGUGUAGAUAUAUCCGCAAAAGAGAGUUCCAACCAGAUCAGUCAGAGAAUCUCUCUCGAGGUCGUGCGAGCAGCCAGUCGUUCCGUUAAAUCCUCCGACUUCGAGCUGCGAAAUCGGCUUCUUCAGGCAAGUGCUUGCUGUCGAACAGUGUCAGUGUCUUCCAAGUCGGGCGCUCACACACAUUACAGCCUAAGUGCCAGUUUUCGGUUUCAAAUCAAACUCCAAUGCAUCACCUUGUGUUAAUCGGAUGAUGCACCUCCAGACGAUAGUGCCACUCUUUUCGGGAAUCGCCCUCUUAUCGCCUGUCUGUGCUUACUAAAAGGUUUUAAAUGUUAUGUGUAGUAAUUUUGUUGUGGUUAGCUGAUUAAACUAACACUUGAUUGCAUUACCUGUUUGAAGAGGAUAUGUAUCUAACCACUACCCUUGGAUGAACUGGAUCAAGUAUGCUCUGGAUGGCCAUUCUGGGUACCAUACUGUUAUGGUUAAUAUCCCCAGGAGCGGCUGUCAACCAUCCUCACAGAGGAAAAGUAUCAUCAUACCAAAUUAGUCCGAAACCUUGCUGGGUUGACGGUCAGGAAGGAACCUGCAUGUUCGUAUACGAAUGCCUGAAGUCUGAAGGCUACCACAUAGGCAUGUGCGUGGACACUUUCAUGUUCGGGUCAUGUUGCGCCCACAACGCAACAGAAAACACCGUGGUGCCGAACCAUCAUCACCAUCAUCAACAACACAUAUCAGAGCCCUCCGUGCUCUACACCGCUCCUAGUCAACAUAGUCAAAUCACUAAAAAGCCAAUUAAACCAAUUAGUCAUAGUAGGCCUUCUUAUAAACCUAAACCAACAAGUCAAAUUCAACUAAGUCAACAAUCUACGAAAUAUAACUCAGUAACGACUACACCUCUCCGUCCGCAGACAGUGGAGACAUCUAUGAACAAUUUUCAACCUCCUCGACACAGCAUCCGACCGAUGAGUACAGAUGCCUUGGCGGUGGCCAGCAGCAUCAACAUAGGCACCUACACAAAACCUGGGUGGCAAUCGACCACAGAACCAGGAUUUAUCACAUCUCUAAACCAUAAUUCGAUUCAGAAUGAGCAGAAACCGAAUGCCCAAUGGCAGUUCACUACAGAGCCUGGGUUUGUGACGAGGGUAAAAGCGAAACCGACGAGCUUCAGGCCGAAACCGAAACCUACAAAAAAACCGAUACAGAUUUCUACUAUUAAAAACACCACCAAGUUCAAUGCGAAGAAUACUACCUCUACCAAAAAGUAA